CCUUACAGUUUGCGGGCGAGGAAGUGUCCGUUUUUCCUUUGCCGUUUUGGCCCGCAGUGGCCGUUGGCUGCCUGCCCGCCGCUCCUCCUCCCGUCGACCCACGUGUGCAGAAAACGGCGCCGGGACUCGGGACGCAGCGAGGCGGCCGGGCUUCCCCGCUGCGCUCUCUCUCCCAUGUCUGGGACGGUGCUGGAGGCCGUGCGGGGCAAAGCAGUUGCCGCUCAGCUGCUGUCUUUUAGCGGGCUCUUCGCCGUGUAUAAGGCCAAGGGAUACACUUCAGCCGCUGUGCUGAACCGGCUUAGGGCGAAGCUGCUGGCAGAAACCGGUAUGCCAAAGCCUAGUAGAAGGAAGAGGAAUAAAAUGUUAAAGAUUGGACAUGGUGGGAUUCUGGAUAGCAAUGCUGCUGGAGUGCUAGUGGUUGGCAUUGGAAAAGGAACUAAAAUGCUGAGCAGCUUGCUAGCAGGUUCUAAGAAAUACACAGCUGUUGGGGAAUUGGGAAAGGCAACUGACACAUUUGAUUCUACAGGCAAAGUAACAGAAGAAAAACCUUACGAUUGGAUAACAAAAGAGGAUCUUGAGAAUGUCCUGCAGAAGUUCACAGGCAGCAUCAUGCAAGUUCCCCCAAUCUAUUGUGCCCUGAAGAGAGACGGACAGAGGUUGUCCACUCUGGUUAAGAAAGGAGAAGUUGUUGAAGCAAAGCCUGCCAGACAAGUUAUGGUCUACAGUCUCACUCUUAGGAGUUUCAAGCCGCCCUUCUUCACGCUUGAUGUUGAAUGUGGCGGCGGUUUUUAUGUCAGAAGCUUGGUCAACGAUAUUGGCAAAGAGCUGUCCUCCUGUGCCACUGUGCUGGAACUGACCCGAACCAAACAGGGACCGUUUACCCUAGAAGAGCAUGUUCUUUAUGAAGACAAAUGGACCAUUGAUGAAAUUGCCCGGUCUCUAGAGUGUUGCAUGCCUCUCCUCCAGGAAGAACCACCUAGUAAAAAAUUAAAGAUGGAGCUGUCUGAAGAAUGCGCCAUGAACUCUGAAGAUAAGUGAUAAGUCAGGUCAAGGAAAAAGACUGAAUGACUGAGACGUUUUAAGAUUGCUCUGGGAAUGUCUUGUCUUCCCCUGUAAAUUUACAGUCCAGUGCGUGGAAGAUGACAAAUUACAAUGCAAUGAAAAUGAUACCUUUCUAUCUCUUCUGUUCGCACUGAAACAUACAGACACACAUGAAGAUGCCCAGCAUUUAUUUCCUUUCAUAAUGUCUGUAUUGUGUUGUCAGCUUAUUUGUCAAGGAAGCAGACUCAUCACGACACCCAGUAAAAUACCUUGCAGGACACUUCUAAAAUUUGAA